AGAGACAGAAAACACACACAGACACAAUGAAUACCGGACUUUCUGGCCUUUGCACGGUAUUGGUAUGGUGGCUGAUGGCACUCCACGUCGUUGCAGCAGACGACCCGACAUGGUCUCCAGAAAUUACUACAUCUGAAUUCGACAACGUGGGCGAUAUCUUACACUUCGAAGACUCAUCAAAGCUGUUACUACAUUCUUUUGAUGGAGCCUAUUUUUCGAGAGACUCGGGCAAGAACUGGAGCAAAUUGCCUCUAUCUGACGAAAACGGCGAUGAGCCAAGAGUGACAGGCAUUCAGGAAUUUACCUACCAGCCCAACGCUGCAAUGAUUUUCACCUCAAGCGGCAAGACGAUGUAUACGUUUGACCAGGGUGAGAAUUGGGACUAUGUGGAUUUCCCCGUGACCGAUAGUGUCUUUGGAAAUGCUCAAAUCAACUAUGCCAACAAUGACUACAUGCUCUUCAAAUUCAUAUCCUUUGACAAUUACACAGUAGUAGAACAAACCUUUUAUUCCAAGGAUAAGCUGAAGACGGUUCCUGCAGAGGUAAAAGUUGACAAUUUGGGCGAAUGCACUUUCACAAAAAUAAAUCCCGAGUUCACUCAGGGACCUGAUGAGCACAUAAUCUGUAUCAUGAACGAGAUGAAUUCAUUCAAUGUAUUACAAUCUUCUGAGCUUGCUACGACAGAUGACUUCUUUGAUAAUUUGAUCUCUAGCGAUGUGUCACACCUAGAUGGUUUGAAUGCUAGAAAGAUUACUGUUGUCAAAAAUUUUGUGAUAGUGGAAGCCAGCAAAGACAGAUAUCUAGCAGACUUCAGUGCUCUUUACACCUCAAAAGACGGUAAGUCUUUUUAUAAGGCGUUUUUUGAAGACCAUGAAAAAGGGUGGAUGUUCAACGUUCUAGGCUCUACUCUCGACAGUCUCUAUAUCUCUGUCUUUGAGAGGAACAGUGGGUAUGGUAUGGCAUCUUCGAACAUCUUUAGAUCUGAUUCUGACGGAAGAUACUUUAAAAAGAUUUUUGGAGACGUGUUUUCGAAUAUACUGGGUAUGUCCCUUAUCAGCAAGGUUCAAACGCUAGACGGUGUCUGGGUGGCCUCUCACAAUGUAGAAUACAACGGUAUGCAAUUUCCAAAAUCUAAAUCGAUGAUUACCUUUGACGAUGGUGAAAACUGGAGUUACUUAAAUAUCACAGAUUCUGAAUCCUGUAACAAUGACGAUGAAUGUUCGCUUCAUAUUGCAUGGCUUACGCAGAGAGCGGGUAAUGGUGAUCUGGUGACAGGUGAAACUCCAGGUAUUCAACUUGGAGUUGGUAACGUUGGAAAAUACCUUGACCAUUCGUUCGAUAAACUGAAAACAUUUGUAUCCAGAGAUGGUGGGUUAUCUUGGCAAAAAGUUAGUGAUACUCCUACGGUUUUUGCAUUUGGUGACUUAGGAAAUAUAUUGGUCACUGUUCCGGUUAAUGUGGAGUACUUCAUGGAAGGAAAGGCCGAUAAAUCAGCGAAAUCUAUUUCUUACUCACUAGACCAGGGGCAGACCUGGACCGAAGUACCCCUACCUUCUAAAAUUGUUCCUCUUUAUUUUGUCAAUAACAAAGAUAACACCGACAAAACGUUUGCUCUUUUGAGUAUUGAUGUUGAGAGCAAAAAAUCACUUUUGAAUGUUUUUGACUUCCAGGGCGCUUUUGAUAAGACAUGUACCGAGUCAGACAUGGAGGAAUGGUUCCCGAGGGUCGAUCCUAAAACGAAAGAACCAGUGUGUGUGUAUGGACACUCCGAAAAGUUUAUCAGAAGGAAGCUCGACUCCAAAUGUUUUCUCAACCUGAAUUACAAAGAUCUUGAGGUGAUUGAACAGUCCUGCGUUUGUACAAUCAAAGAUUCAGAGUGUAGCUCUGGUUUCAAAGAGAAUAGCAACGGUGAGUGUGAGCCAGUAUUACCCAUUUUGGCACACUACUGUGAAACGGGUAAGUCAUCUGUUAAAUUGUCUACAAGAAGAAUUACAUCCGGAAAUUUGUGUCAAGAUGGUUACAAACCUCUGACUGAUGAUUAUACCUUGAACUGCAAAGAUGCCCUUGCUGAGAAAAAAUUGAAGGCAGUAAGAGUGAAACUCAACUCUUUCAAAGAAAAUAUCAUGUAUUACCAAUAUUUGAAUAAAAAUUCAACCAAAGUUGAGUUUCAGACAGAAACUCUGAUUGUAUUGACAGCUUCCAGAAAAGCUUAUAUAUCCUACGAUGGUGAAUAUUUUGAUCAAAUGACAGAUGAGUCUAUAUUAUAUUUAUACACCAAUCCUUACUGGCCAGACUCUGUUCAUUUGAUAUCUGAUACAGGAAAAAUCUUUUUCUCCAAGGACAGAGGCAACACAUUUGGAGUUACUGUCGCUCCCCAUACAUCUACUGGCUAUAGUGCAUACAAAAUGUCGUUUGAUUCAAAAAGUCCAGAUGUGCACAUCUUAUAUUCACAUAUUAACUGUGAUGCCUCGAAUAAUUGUGAAGUUUAUGCAUCUAUAACCGAAGAUAAUGGAUAUACCUAUAACGAUCUCAAAUCUGACAUUCAACAAUGUGUUUUUGCGGAGAGUGUUUUUGAUGCUAAGCAUUAUAACUAUCCUGAAACGGAGAUAAUUUGCUCACAAUCAAUUAGUGGAGAAUCUUAUUAUAGAUUGAUAUCAACAACGGACAGCUUUGCGUCGGAACCAAAGGUACUAUUCGAGAGAAUAAUUGGCUUUACUACUAGCGGCAAAUUUAUGGUUGUUGCAGAACUAACAGAUGAAGAAUCGCUUACAGCUCAUGUUUCUGUUGAUGGUAAAACUUUUGCAAAAGUCCACUUUCCUCAAGAUCUUACAGUUGAAAGACAGACAGCUUAUACCAUUUUAGAUGUUAACUCUGAUGAAUUAUUCCUCCAUUUGACAACUCAUGACGCUCCGGAACACGAGUUUGGUGCAUUGUUGAAGGCAAAUUAUAAUGGAACUUUGUUAACUACUGCUCUUAAUUAUGUGAACAGAAAUUCAGACGCUUUUGUGGACUUUGAAAGUGUGCAAGGCUUGGAGGGUUUAUCUCUUGCCAAUGUUGUAAUAAAUCCUGAAGAUGUUAGAAACGGGGCUGAUAAGAAAUUGGUGACUAAAAUUUCACACAGCGAUGCCGCUACGUGGCUACUUUUAUCGCCACCUUCGAAAGACUCUAGUGGAAACAACAUAAAUUGCAAGGGUUGCAGCUUGCAUUUACAUUCAUAUACUGAAAGGCUAGAUCCAUCUCGUGACUCUUUCUCAUCAGGUUCUGCCAUCGGAAUGAUGUUUGGCUUGGGUAAUGUUGGUACAUCUCUUUCAUCCUUAGAUGACGAUGAUAUUGGCUUAUACUUUACCAAAGAUGCAGGUAUCUCUUGGAAGGAAAUUGCAAAGGGUCAUUACAUUUGGGAAUUUGGUGAUCAGGGUACAAUUUUAGUUAUUGUUCAAACUUUAACUGAAGUCGAUACACUUCAAUAUUCUCUUGAUCUUGGUGAAAGUUGGAUUGAUUAUCAGUUCUCUCCCGACAAGAAAUAUUUGGUAGAAGAUAUUGCAACUGUUCCCUCUGAUAAUUCUUUGAAAUUCAUUCUAAUUGUUAAAGAUGAAGGUGUUUCCAACAGUAUUAUUUCAAUCGAUUUCACUGAAGUUUACUCGAGGCAAUGUAUGCUUCCUUUCAGUUCACUGGAGCCAUCCGAUGAUUACGAGUAUUUUGUUCCAAAACAUCCUACUUUGAAAAGUUCCUGCUUAUUCGGCCGUGAGACAUCAUACUUACGCAGAAAGGCUAAAAGUGAUUGUUUUAUUGGAAGGGCACCGCUUUAUUUGGGAUCAACUGUGGUUAAAAAUUGCGAAUGCACACGAGACGACUAUGAGUGUGACUACAACUUUGAGUUAGCCAUUGAUAGUACCUGCAGAUUGGUGAAAGGAUUGGAUUCUUUGAAAGGUGAUGAAGUUUGCUCUAGCGGUGACGUCAAUGAGUGGUGGGAACCUACUGGCUACAGAAAGUUGGCGCAAAGUUCUUGUGAUGGAGGAGUGAACCUUGAUAAAUGGAAUUCUCAUCCUUGUCCUGGUAAAGAAAGUGAAAAAGUUGGACAUGGCAGUUGGGGGUUGUUUUGGACCUCUUUACUCAAACUUAUUGUUUUAGUAUCCAUUCCCAUUGCUGUCAUCUACGUACGUGGCGUUCGUAGAAACGGCGGAUUUAGCAGACUUGGCGAAAUCCGUCUUGACGAGGACGACAACUUACAAUUGAUUGAAGAAAACAAGUUCGAUAAAAUAGUCAACACAAUUAUUAGGUUUGGUGUUUUUAGUUUUCAGCUAAUGUCAAAGUUUUACGGAAGUGGAUUAAAAUUAAUCGAUAGAGUCACGGGGCGUAACCCAUCAAGCCAAAGUACGGGAAGCAUUGGAGCAUUUUUCAAUGACAUGGUAGAUGAUGACCAUUCUUUGUUUGGAGAUUUGAACGAUGACGAAGAUGCUAGAGAGAUCGACAGUUUUCUCGAGCGUGGAAAUCAUGACGAUUUUGAUGAAUUUACAACUUCUCACGAAGGAAACGGUUACCGUGACGAGCCAUCAUCAGCUGGGACUGAUGAGCCGGUUCUAGAUGCAGACAACUCGGAGUUUAGACUGAGCGAUGACCAGAAUGAUGAUUAGCCUGUUUUACUACAUAUUUACUAUCGUAUUAUAUUCUUAACUUAUGUUUUAUAGUAGCAUUCACUACUGUUUGUUCACUUUCAUAUGCCAUCAUAAACAUGAAAGUAUGUUACGUAAUCAAUGUAUAAAAUUUCCACUAUUAGGAAGUUGUUGAAGUCUGGAA